UUGUUCGCUUCACGAAUAUCCAUUUGUCUUUCGGAAGAAAUUUUAGAGAAUGUCAUAUUAGAGAAAGGAAAUUGUAAAAAAUGGCGGUAAUAUUCUGGACAUGAAAGUUUAAAUAAAAAAGCAGGGGUGGUGGAUUCGAUGGAAAUGAAUUGUCGAAAAUUUGGCAGAAUAAAAAUUUCGUUCAUAGAAACUGUCCUUUAAUGCGCGUGUUCCAAGAUCAAUAUGCCUCUCUCUAUCUAUAUACUGUGUAGUUGUCGCGGACUGUACGUGUUUAUGACCGACCAACGGUUGACAGCUGUCAAUUGAGCAUAAGUCCGUAGUGAGUCACGACGCCUGUCACUUCUCCACACUUCUCCUGUUCUUCGGUAGAAGAAAGAAAACUUUGUGGCCGCAUAGGUAACCUGAAUCGAAAGUAUAACGCUUGCAGUCACGCGAUCGGCAUCCUCACCGCCUUGCACUCACUCCUAGUGUGAAAACGAUUCAUGCUUUGUGCCCUCCUUUAGAAUCUCAACCGAAAGCAUACGUCUUUCGAUCGAGAAUUAAACGUCGGUCAACAACAGGUAUCGCACCACAUCACCUACCCCUUUGUUCAGAUGUCCAGGUAUUUUUUCGACAUCGCCGGCAUGGCAUCCAGUUCUGUCAGCCAGGAAGAUUUUGAUAAUGAUUUCGAACUCACCUCACGUAGAUCCAGGAUCAGAACAGCACGGGCACGUGUGGUACCACCCAGAGCUGGAGACGUGUCUUCCAUUAAUUUUCAAAAAAAUGCAGCUGAGGAGGAAGCUCAAGGUGUGUGCGAUUCCAGUUCCAAUUGUGUUCUGUUACCAGAACAUGAUGUGCAACAAAAUAAACCUAUUAUGAGAAAACAAGAUAAGCGAGUAGCUGGUCGUUUCUUUAGUGUAUCCUGUUUGCGCAGGCCAACACACAUAAACAAGGGAAAGCAGCAACGGGAUAGAAGAAAGCUCAGGGAAAAGAGACGCAGCACAGGAGUAGUACAUUUGCCAUCUACAGAGAGCACCGGAGGUAGUACGGGAGAAGACGAGGAAGAAUUGAGCGGUACUUGUCUUGAAACGAAGCACAAUACGCACCAUAACGAGUUCCUUGAUCACGAACUCAUCGAAGAAAGGGCAACGAAGGUUUACGCUCAGAGAAGAAACAAAAGUCACUCAGAUCUAGAAGCCGAUGACGAGGAGUUUGACUCACUGAAUCAAUCCGACAGUGUGAAUCAAUCAGAUCAUGGAAAUCAUGAGCCACAGUCAACUUCGACUGUCAAUAGACCUAGGUUGCCUACCCCGACCGGAGAUAACCCCCACGAACUGAUAGAGCGAGCACAAGAGGAAAAUAGAAGAUUGUUAUCGCUACUCGAGGAUCGGGAUCAUAAGAUAAUGGCUUUGGAGGCGCGUCUUCUUCAGCAGCAGCACGAAAUGGCCCUGGAGCGCGAACGGCUUCGCGAAGAGAAUGCAGCUCUCAUAAGAGCAAUGGCAGCUUUGGCGAGUAACUGAAAGAAUCGAGUAAGAAUUUGCAUAGCUAUAAAACUUAUCCUGUUACCCUGCUGCCAGAGCCUCCCCCUCUCACUAGAUUUUCUUGUGGGUUCACAAUUAACAAGCUAUAUUAUAUUAGUUAAUCGAUUAUCGAAUUACUUAUUAAUCUUAAGAAGAAUAUCGAUAAAUACGGAGACUUUGAAUUACUGUCAUUUCAAACAAUUAUUGUAUCGCCAGUGCUAUUCGAGCAAAAUGCUGAACAGGUUAGAAAUAAUAUUAGGUGUGCAAAAAUCAAAUUUGUUCCCUGCCAGACAAUAUUUAUCAUUGUAAUUCAAAGAUUGUUCGGUGUGAAGAUAUCUUUUCUUUUGAACUGGCUUCUUUUUUUUCCACUGACGCAACGACACUUCCGUUUUACACCGGAUACACUAAACUAUGAAUUUUGGUCUUGGUCGUUUAGUAGUGUUUAUUCCCUUGUGUCAUGCUGGAAUGUUAAAUUGAACAGUAAUGAAAAAAAUUCUAUAUGUAUUAAGACGAUAGUGCAACUUUGUUAUAUGACUAGUUACGAUUACAAGUAGAGCACACUGGCCAGGAUCGUUGUUACGUCGCUAUAAUUCACGUUUCAGAGUACUAUAGGUACUGGUUAUAGUAAUACAAAUCAAGGAGCUUAAUUACUUGUGCUAAUGAGAAAACAUGUCUUACGGUGCUUCUGGAUACAUCAACCCAAAAGAAUUACUUCGAUUCACUUGAAUCUUGGAUGCAUCGAUGCAGCAGUUGAUCUCAGUAUUCCAUGAAAACAUGGAAUAAUUUUAACUUCCAGCAAGACAAGCCAACUAAUAACCAAUCAAUUAUCCGAUAAGUGAGAUAUAUUUUAUGAUUAAAAGGUUAGCAGCAAAAAAUACAUACUAUUUUGCAAAUAUUAUUUGUAAUCAGGUUUGAAAAGGAUGAAUCGUUUAUUGGCAAAAUCUACACUCAAUCCAAUGCACGUAUGUUAGUAAACAGAUAACUGAAGAAAACACAGAGGAAGAUACUGUAUGUGAAUUAGCAAAAACAAGAUAACGUAACUGUAACAUAUUAUAUAUUGAAUAUGUAAAGAGACUCAUCUUCAUGAACGAAGGCUAAAAGUGGCUUGCGAUAUAACAUUAUCUUUAGUUACUAUUAGUUGUUACUGCGAUUAAUUCACGUUUAAUUAAUAAAAAGGCAGCGAGAGAGACUGAGAAUAAAGAAAUGGAUAAGAGUGCGUAUGAUUGCCUUUUGCUUUUUCGUUUUUGGUCAGGAAUGAAUGUAGGACUUGAAUGACUGAAUAGGCAUACGAUGGAAGGGGUGAGAGAAAAUCAAAAAUUCUUUUAUUUACGUUUUUCAAUGGCAGCAUAUGCACAAUCAAUUAUUAUUAUUAUUAUUAUUAUUAUUACUAUUAUUAUUGUGAGUAGUCGAUAAAGAGCAAAUAAAGAUACAAUUUCGAUUCAA